AUGGAGCGCAAAUACGUAACUCUGUGCAGACUUGAAGCGACCGGCUGCGCGAGCGACAGUUUAAGCGACGACCUCGCAAGGCGUCAGUCUGCCUCACGCUCCACAAGCUCGGCUCCCGCGACCGAUACCUCCGCCCGCGAGUCCGGCGCCUCGGAGGAGCCGGAACCUCGACACGGAAAGACCGCGCCGCGACCGGAUCCUGCAGCGACGGGGACUUUUUUUGCUUGGGAUGGAGAUGGGUCUUGGAAUCGAACGACGGAUUCCACACUGGCACGAGAGGCAAGGGAAAGCGGGAAAGAAAGAAUCAUCGGGAACAAAAACCCUGGGAUGGUCAACGGUAUAGAUGUUGCUAAAGCUAAUGAUGCCUUUUUUAAGGAAGAAGCUGCAGCCAGAGCCGCUGACUGA